AUGCCUCUUGCACCCAUCAGUGAUGAUGACCCUCAGCCUUCGGCAGUACCUUGUGAAAUACUAGGACAGGCUCAUCCAGUUACACAAGCUGAUGCUGCAUGCCAAAAAGGGCCAGAAUGCCGAGGAAACCUGAUCAUCCUCCUGUCAACAAGAAACGGGUCUGAGGCAUCAACUCAAAUUUCUCACACCGAACAAUGUGACAAGGUCACUGGGACUGAUGGAAGCUGGAAGAGGAAGUGUGAAUUCUUUGGAUUUGAGACACUUAAGCAAAAGGAGACUGCUUUGCGAGAUAUAUGCGGAGUCACCAUACAGGUGCUUAGUCUUUUGCUCAAUGUUCUGCCACAGCCCAGCUACCGAAGCACAGACAUGACCCGUGAGGACAAGCUUUGUCUUUUCUUGGCCAAACUUAAGCUUGGUAUAAGCUUCAGCGCUUUAGAUGUGAUUUUCAGAGUGGCUGCAUCGACUGCAUCCAGUUCAUUUAUAAAAACACUUGAUAUACUUAGCGCAGCCUUGCAGGAGUGGAUAUUUGUGCCACCAAGGGCUAUCAUCAAGCAGUGCAUGCCACAGCCCUUCAAAGAUAAUUACCCAGAUUGUACAUUUAUUAUCGACUGCACAGAAGUUCUAACUGAAAUGCCAUCAAAGCCCGACUGCCAGCACAUACUCUACUCUAAUUACAAGGGAGGCUAUGCAUUGAAAGUCGUUGUUGGUAUAAUUACAAACGGAAUGAUAGCCUUCAUGUCAGCGGUAUAUGGUGGGCGGCAGACUGAUUCCUUUAUUACCCAGGACUCUGGUUUUCUGAACCUUGUACAAGAAGGCGACAUUAUCUUGAGCGAUAAAGGUUUUCCGCGUAUCCAGACAGAUGUGAAGGACAAAGAUGGUGUCAUUUUGAUGCCUCCCUUUAACUCGGGAGGUGGCCAACUUUCUCAAGAAGACAUGGAUGCAACAUAUAAAAUUGCAUCUGUGCGUAUCCACGUCGAGCGGGUUAUUCGCAGACUGAAAGUGUACAGGAUCCUGCGCAACACAGUGCCCUUGACUUUGGUGCCGCACAUGGACAAAGUGUUCUCGGUAUGUGCUGCCUUGGUCAAUAUGCAGCCACCGAUAAUUCGAAAGACUGAGUGCAUUGUUUGUAAUACUUUGCAAGCGAGUUUUGCACGCAAAGGGAAUUUAACACAUAAAUCAAGAUUACCAGUGUUAUGUCUUGCACACAUGCUAGUGGAGUCAUCAUCAUCAUUAGCCUAUAUUAAUGUCCACUGCAGGAUGAAGGCCUCUCCCUGCGUUCUGCAAAUUACCCCUGUCCAGUUGCUCUAG